GGCAGAGCUGCGCAGUGACGCGCCUCGCGGCCGCGCUGCGGGAUGCGCCGCCCCGGUACCGGCGUCCGCCCCGGAGGCGAUGAGAGGCGUGCGGGCACCAGCGGCCUCUGCUCCUCUCUCCGUCGGGGAGCACAGUUACAGCACGGUUGUGUUGGAGGGACCUUAAAGCCCCCAACCCCACCCCUGCCGGGGGCUGCCUGCCUCCCAGCUCAGGCUGCCCAGGGCUCAUCCGCGGCCUUGGGCGCCUCCAUCGGUGGGCACGCGCAGCUCUGGGCAGCGGUGGCGGUGGAUCGUGGCACCGCAGACCCUGCUGAGCCCGUAGCAGUCACGGCACGCAUCCUCACCCCGAGCAGUGCCCGGGACAGCGCUCUUCCUCGGUAUAGCCCGGGAACCCGGUUAUUGGCAGAUUUACGUGGACCCGUCUCCUCCCGGUGGUUGCUUUUGUCUCACGGCAGCGACCCUCUUCUUUCCUCAGCCUCACUGCUCCCCCUCCAUUCCCCUGCUCCCCUUCCCCUCUUGCCUUAUGUCCCCCCAUCCCGAUCCCACGCUGCUGCCAGGGCCAAGGGCAGCGCAGUGAGUGCAUCGCCUGCCCGCCUCCGAGUUGUGUUGCUAAGGGCAACGGUGUUGCAGGCUUUGCUCCGGAGCAGCUGCACCACAAAAGCUUCCCUUGUCCUGCCACAAAGUGCCAUUAUUCCAAAAACUUCUGGGCAAAACCUUUCUGGCAUCUUUGCCAGGCAAGUGCCACCUCCCGUCGGGGCUCAGGUCGGGGCAGCCUCGGGCAGGCAGUGCCAAGUAUCUGGGCUGGCAGUUAGGGAGGAGAAGAAACACAGAAAGGAGGGUUGACAAAGGUAGCAGGAAACAGGGUACGUGUCUGAGAGAGAAAAACACCCAACCCCAGUGCUGCAGUUGGCAACAGAGGUCUCUGAGGGCAGCACUGAAACCACAGAGCCCCGAAACGCCCCAGCACAGCACUGUGCCCAGCCUGGUGCCAGCUGCUGCCUGCAGUGCCCUCUGGUGCUCCACCAACACUGUGGGUCUGGAAGGCAGCGCCACCAGCCCAGGGCUGGAAAGGAACAAAGGUACGAUGGGGGCAUCCCAUUUUGGCCACAGGUGCCAUGCCUGGCAGCAGAGAGGAGCUGCUGGUGCCACUUUAGCUGACAGUUUCAAAAUGAGUCACUGUGAGCCAAAAUCAGGCUGGCAUCCUGUUUUCAACCCAACUGCAGGGUGGCACACUGGGUUGGCUGAGGGCAGGGCCGCACCCAAUCUCAGCACAGGCACAGACCCAGCGUUCACACCUGGGCUUCUUCUCAGCACUCACCAGGGGGGCAUCAGCCCCGGCCUAACCAGGGUCUGGGUGGUCCUGCUUGCAGUGCCAGGCUGAGAUGCUGCGGUCAUUUGUGCCCUGCUCAGCUCUGCAGUGGGCUGAAGCAAACACAGAGGCAGCAGCAGGUUUCAGUCCAAGCUGAAGGAGCAUCUCACUGUUUUGUCAGACCAGGCUGUGUGUGUCUCCCUGCUGUUGCCUCCUCAGUGUCACCUUAUGCCCCCUCCCUGUCCCCUGGUGCCCCGCUGCUGUGGGGUGGGGGUAGAGGGCGUGCAAGGGGUGGGAGAGCUAGAGACCACAGGCUGUAGGCAUGGAGCUCAACCCUGUCUGCUUGAAGGCACCCCUGGUGCAGGGACAUGGGGACACUGUACAAACCCCAGAUCAGGGACAGGUACAAGGGAAAGCUGAAGCUAAUCCGGGGCUGACUAGCAGCAGGGAUAGGAAAGGUGCUCAACAGAAGUAUUCUUUGUUCUUAGCUUCAAGGCUGACUCAUCAGAAACCACUUCGGAGAAUUGAAACCCUAUGAAGGGUCAAAUGCCUCUUCUGCAAAGAGCCCCUGGAGCCACAGCCGUGCCAAGGAGCCCAGGGGAAGCGGGAGGGCAUGAGGCAGGACACCUGGGCACAGGGAGCUGUGAGCAUCAACCAGGCUGCCAGCACAGCGCCUGGGGCAGAAGGAUCCCGUCUGGCACAGGCACACAUCUGGCCACGGGCAUUCACUCAUCCAAGGUUGAUAUUGCCACCCGUUCUGCAUAGGGGAAGUGAUCAGAGUUCUGACACCAGGAAGGAUCUGCUGAGAGGCAGUUGCACAGCAAAACCACAGAAAAGAGGAAGCCCUCGAGUACUUCAGGCCAGAGCCAGCAGCUGCCCGCAGCACCCACACUGCUGUCACCCUCUACGCUGUGCCACGGUCCCUUCCAUGGGAGCUGCCAGCAGACCCCAGGCACCAUGUCCUGGGAGCUGCUGCUGCUGCUGCGGUGGAUGUGGGGCCGGCCCAGUGUGAAAGCAGCAGUUACUGCAGGGCUGUUGGUCACUGCACUAUGGCACCUGAAGUGCUUCAUCCACUCAUCCAGCAGCUCUGAUGAAGCCUUCAAGCACAUGAAGGCACUGACAGUCCUGGUGUGGGAGUGGCCCUCAAAGCAGGUCCCAGACUUCAGCAGGGAUGUCUGUCUUGAGCAGUACGGCAUUGCAGGCUGCAGGCUCAGCACAGAGCGGCGGCUCCUGAGCCAGGCUGACGUGGUGGUUUUCCUUCACACCACCCUCCCGUGGGGCCGGGACAAGCUGCCCCGAGACAGACCGCAUGGGCAGAGCUGGGUCUGGGUGUCCCUGGAGUCCCCCACCAACACAAGAGCAUUAGCAGGAUGGAACCAUACCUUCAACUGGGUGAUGACCUACAGACGGGACUCGGACAUCUUCAUGCCCUAUGGCAAGCUGGUGCCCAACCAGUCAGCCACUGUGAGCAUCCCCACAAAGACUAACUUGGUGUCCUGGGUCAUUAGCAACUAUCACAGGACUCAGAAAAGAGCUGAAGUGUAUAAGAACCUGUCCAGGUAUCUCCACGUGAACAUCUAUGGGAAAGCAGCCAAGAAGCCGCUUUGCAAGGACUGCCUUUUGCCCACAACAUCCAAAUCCAAGUUCUACCUGGCCUUUGAAAACUCCAUCCACCAGGACUACAUCACUGAGAAGCUCUGGAGGAACUCUCUGCUGGCCGGCACUGUGCCGGUGGUGCUGGGCCCCCCCCGGGCCAACUAUGAGCAGUUCAUCCCUGCAGACUCAUUCAUCCAUGUCGAUGACUUCAGUUCCCUGGCAGACUUGGCCACCUUCCUAAAGACCAUGAACUCCAGCCGCUACCGGCAGUUCUUUGCGUGGCAGAAGGGGUACAGCGUGAAGCUCUACACAGACUGGAGGGAGCGCAUCUGCACCAUCUGUGCCACAUACCCCCACCUGCCCCAGGGCCGCCUCUAUCCCGACCUGCAGGGCUGGUUCAACACCUAGCACAGGGCUGGUUCAACAUCUAGCACAGGGCUGGUUCAACAUCUAGCACAGGGCUGGCGCUGGGUGCAUCUGGAUGGCAGAGAGCAGUCCUAGAGUACAGGAUGCCAGGCAGGGAGGAUGUGGGACCUCUCAUCCUGGCCCUGCCAUUGCCACACUGUGACCUUGAGCAACAUCGCAUGACUGAACUUCCUGCACACCACAACCACCCCCAUACUGACCCACCUCGCCGCGGUGCUGCUGCAACCACAGGCUGCUUUGGAAAUAAACAGCACAGAUUUCCUGAG